AUGUCGUCGACCGCGGCCCCCGUGGCCUUCAUCGGCGCGGACGAGCUCAGCGUCGAGCUCGCCGCCUCCUUCCUCCGCUCCGGCACCCGCGUCCGCUCGUUCGUCCCCGAGGCGGAACGGUCGCCAUCUGCGGCGCUCGCGGAGUUGAAUGGCCUCCUCCGGUGCGCGAGCCCAGUGGAAGCCGCGCGAGAUGCUGCGCUGGUCGUUGUGCUAAGCGAUGCUGGUGGAGUUGACGAGUUGUUCUUCGGAGUUGAGGGUAUCGCGAAAGGUUCUUCAGCAGUAACUGCAGAUGGAUCUGCCUCACCACUGAAGGGUAUGGAUCUGCUUCUAGGUUGGGGUAGAUAUGACGAUGCUGCCGUUGUGAAGGUCUAUGAGACAUUAACUGGUGUAAAAGUUGAAUGGAAGGCUCCCAUGCUCAGUAAAGAAGAUGUCCUUCGUUCUCUUCCUGCUGAAUGGACAGAAGAUCCAAUUGAUAAUCUUGUACCUAUUGCAUCUCAAAGUAGCAAAAAGAUUCUUGUAGUUUUAGAUGAUGAUCCAACUGGGACUCAAACAGUUAAUGAUAUAGAAGUUUUAACUGAAUGUUUCUCAAGCUACCAACUUGCUUUUUUUAUUUUGACAAACUCUCGUUCCAUGACUGCUGAUAAGGACCUUCGUGCAUUGACCUUAAAGAAAGGAGUUAGCUUGGUUCUCCAUGGAGCAUCUGGUCUACCUCAUGAGCUCGUAAAGGUCAUGGCGUCUGCUAAAGAAGCAAUGAAAGCUGUGGUAGCAGAGAAGCUGCGCCUCUUUGGAUCUUCUGGGAAAGCCUGA